GGAAGACUAAAAUCCUUUAAGACCUGCCUGCCUCACAACAUCCAUUACACACUGCUUUUUAGCAUCAUUAAACACAGCUUAAGGAUUUAUUCAAAAGCUUAUUUCCAGCUGCCACCAUUUUCCUGGAAGCAAUGGAAAAUGUCAUAAAGUUUAUGAUGCUUACAGGACUGUGUUCUGUUUAUCAGUGUGUGCAUCAGCACCAGUAUGUCUUAUAUGACACUCCAAAAACCUGGAAUGAGGCACAGAGCUUCUGCAGAGAAACAUGCAUUGACCUGGCCACCAUGGAAGACAUGGAUGAAAUACAGAUGGCUCUUCAAACUGUUGCAGAUAGAUACACUGAUGCAGUCUGGAUUGGGUUGCACAGAGGAAGUACACUAAAGUGGCACUGGUCUAUCGCAGAAAAAGAUUUCUACAAAGAUGGACAGAAGGAUAACCUUAAAUGGGGCUACCAAGGUGGAGAUAAUUGUGCUGUUUUGCUUAAUGGGGCACUUCAUACAUAUGACUGCACUAGUAAUAGACUUUCAGUCUGCUUUGACAGAAGAAAACAAGGAGCAGCUCAGUACGUCCUCAUUCCAGAGCAGAUGACUUGGACCGCUAGUCGAGAUUUUUGCAGAAAAAACUACACAGACCUGGUCAGCCUGAGGAAUGACACAGAAUACCAGACAGUCCAGAAUGUUGCUAAUGGGAAGAUAGUAUUUGUUGGUCUCUUCAGAGAUCCCUGGCAGUGGUCAGACCUGACCGACUCCUCAAUGAGGUACUGGAGGGAAUCUCAGCUGAUGAAAACCACAAAUUCUGAAUCCUGUGUUGCUAUGAUGAAGACUGAAUCUGGCAAAUGGGGAGACAGGAAAUGCACAGAAGAGCAUCCUUUCCUCUGCAAAUGCAAAACCAAACUACAGUUUGUAAAACUGAGGAUCAGCUUGCAGCACUCAACCUUGGAUUUGAACGACGCUAUGGUGCAAAAUAACAUCUUAGAGAAAAUGAAGCAAAAGCUGAGUGCAAGCAUAAAUGGUAUCAUCCGUCUUUCCUGGAAAGGUCUGAGGAAAUUCAAGGAACACGGUCCAUGAGAGGAAUACAGAAGACUGCCAAGAUUCUGUCAUCAUAAAAACACACUAACUUGUUUGCUGUGGUUAAAAAGCCUGAUUUACUAAGAAUAACCCUGUUAGGAAUUUAUGUAAAAUUUAUCUUUACUAAAUCUGUCUGUAGGAGCUAAAAAGAUUUUUAAUGGCUCAUUUUUUAGCAGUUAAGUUUUUUUUUUUAGAAAUAACAUGCUUUCCUACUCAAUCUCAUUUGUAUGUAAAUAUGUGCAACCUACGAUAAAAAAGAUUUAGCCAUCAUAAUAUACGACUCUACAUUAUCCAUGCAUAAUGGC